ACUUCCUGUUCAUAUUCAACCUUCACUUUCACCGACCUCUGAAUUAGACCAUGAGGCUGAUUUUUACAUCUCAGUGAAGUUCAUGGAGCUGUGACUGACUGACUGUCUGUUUUCAGCUUCACCUGGAGACUCAAUGGCUUCCAGAUCAGAAGAAGAUCUCUGCUGUCCCGUCUGCCAUGAUGUCUUCAGAGAUCCUGUCAUUCUGUCAUGUAGCCACAGCUUCUGUAAAGACUGUGUGGAGAGCUGGUGGAAAGAGAAAGAAGUAAAAGAGUGUCCACUUUGUAAGAGAAGAUCUUCAAGGUCAGAACCACCUUGUAACCUGGCGUUAAAGAACCUGUGUGAGAGCUUCUUACAGGAGAGAGAUCAGAGCUCUUCACCUGCUCUCUGCAGUCUGCACUCAGAGAGACCCAUCGAUGAAGCUGCACAACAACACAAGAAGCAGCUUCAGGAAACUCUGGAGCCCUUGAAGGAGAAGUUACAGAGUUUUGAACGUGUUAAAGUAGAGUUUGAACAAACAGCAGAACACAUUAAGGUCCAGGCCGGACUCACAGAGACGCAGAUCAAGGAGCAGUUUAAAAAGCUUCAUCAGUUUCUGGAGGAGGAAGAGGAGGCCAGGAUGGAUGCACUGAGGGAGGAAGAGGAGCUGAAGAGUCGGAUGAUGAAGGAGAAGAUUGAGGCUCUGAGCAGAGACAUAACGUCUCUUUCAGUCACAAUCAGAACCACAGAGGACGAGCUGAGAGCUGAAGACGUCUCGUUCCUGCUCAACUACAAGGCUGCAGUGAAACGAGUCCAGCAGCGCCCCCUGCUGGAUGAUCCACAGCUGGCCUCAGGAGCUCUGAUAGACAAGGCCAAACAUCUGGGCAACCUGAGCUUCAACAUCUGGAACAAGAUGAAGGACGAGGUCUCCUACAGUCCUGUGGUUCUGGACCCAAACUCUGCUCAUCCAGUACUCGUCCUGUCUGAAGAUCUGACCAGUUUGAGACGAGGAGAGAGACAGAAGCUUCCUGACAAUCCAGAGAGGUUUGAUCAAUAUGCCUCAGUCCUGGGAUGUGAGGGUUUUAACUCAGGGACUCACAGCUGGGACGUCCUGGUUGGAGACAGUCCACACUGGUACCUGGGUGUAAGAGCAGAGUCUGUCCAGAGGAAGGGAGAAGAACAGUCUGGAUACUGGAGAAUGAGGUUCUAUGAAGGUAAAUACACAACAGAUUCACCAUCAGCAUCAUCUGAUCUCUCUGUGAAGAAGAUCCAGAGGAUCAGAGUGAAACUGGACUGGAACAGAAGAAAACUGUCGUUCUCUGAUCUUGAUAGUAACAAACACAUUCACACCUUCAUACAAACUUUCACUCAGAAGAUGUUUCCAUACUUUAGCACUAGAGAUCACAUGAAGCUGUUACCUGUGAAAGUCUCUGUGACUCUGGAUCAGAGCCGUUAGAGAUAAAGAUUUUAUUCAUCAUGUUGUAACGAUCUGACAGUUUAGAUUUUGUGAAGUGAUCUCUGUUUUGUGUUUUAAGUUGUUGUUGUAUGUGUGCAGUCGGUUUCUGUUUCCUGUUUUAUUUUGUAUUCUCUGUUCCUUGUGGGUUGUUUCUGUCUUCACUUCCUGUCUUGGUGAUUGUUCAUCUACCCUCUGUCGUCCAUGGUGCUGUUCUGUGUUCCUGUCCUGCCUUGUCCUGAUCCCCUGAGCCUCUUCACCUUGAACCCCUCUCGUAAGCUUCCUUGGGUUUUUGUUUAGUUAGAGUUUAGUUUAGUUCCUUUUACAUUAAAUACGUUUUUUGUUAAACAUGUCUGCAUCUGGGUCCAUCUCCUUCCACAAACCGUGACACAUGUUUAUUUCUUCAAGAGAAAUCUGCUGAAUUUAAAAGUUAAACUCGUUAUUCUAAAGCUUUGUUUAUUUCUCCUUUUACUUCUCACUCAUUUUUAUUUCUCCUGUCGACUUUUCCACGUGUGUAAAAAGAUUUGAUUAUUUUCUGAACUUUAUCUUUGGUUUGUUUUUUACUUUCAUGGAAAAAGUUUUCUAUCAUUUAGAUUUUUUGUGGAUCCAUGAAGUCGAGCAAACUGAUGAAGAUCCACAUAAAAACACAUUUAUCAAUAACAGCUGAUCAUUGUUCACAUUCAACAAACUUUAUUAAAACUCACACAUGAGACAUGAUUCAUGUUUAAUCACAUAAAGUCUGUUCACAUAUGAAAUAAUCCAACAUGUAUGAACAUUUGUCUGUUUGAUGUGAUGAAGCCAAAAUGAUUCUGUCUGUAAAAGUGUUUAUUCAACAGCAGCCGAGUGAUGUGAUUUUAAUAUUGUGAUAAAAAUAAUAAAAACUAUCAAACAGAAA